CAGUAACAGAAAAAAAAUCUAGCCACUGUUCUGGCGAGGCACUAUUUCCGGCCAAGUUGCGCAACGUUUUGGGUCAGGCGCCAUGAUGUCAGAGGAUAGCCCAGUUAUUACCCGGCAGCCUUUGCCGCAUCCGGUCGAGGUCAACGUGCAGUACGGAACGCCCGACCGCAACGACAACUUAGAAUCCGGAUUGCCACAGCCAGACGGAAACGGAUUCCAACACUCCAAACCGUUACCGGUCAACGGUUCCGGUCAGCAACCCCCACCGCCGCCGGAGUACAACUUCCAGCAACCUCCAUCUGCACCCCCUGCCUACAUCCAACCCGCUCCGAUUCCGCAAGGUGGCGCUGUUUAUGCACCUCCGCCGCAGCAGCAGGCCCCGCCCAUCCAGCAAACCACCACCGUGGUGACGCAGCAACCCGGCCUGGCGAUUGGUGGGAAUCAGAGAGCACGUGACUGGAGGUACGGCCUAUGCUGCGGCUGCUGCUGCCCUGCCCCAAACAUACCAUGUUGGUGCUCGUGCUUGUGCUACCCGUGCUACAUGUGUUACCUGGUGCAGGCCAUGCACGAGACACCCUGGAUCCUGACCCUGUUCUGUAAGGGUCCGCUGUGGUUCCCUCUCACCUCCACCUUACUGCGAGUCAAGCUCCGGGCAGAACAAAACAUUGUCGGCUCCAUCUGCCAUGACUGCUGCUGUUCGACCUUCUGCCCGUGUAUGACCUUGACCCAGCUGGCCCGCGAGUUGAGAGACAUGCGGUCGAUUGAGAGAAAGUUUGCCGGCAUGCCCAUGCAGCAGAUGGGCGGGGGUGGUGUUACCAUGGUUACCACUCACUGACGUCACAUGGCAACAAGCUAUGACGUCACACGGACCUGGACAACGCAUGUUACUAGUACUUCGAAAAA